AUGAGCGCGACAAAAUUGAGACUGGCGCUGGAUCCCAAGGAGAUCCGGUCCAUCGCUGUUAUCGGGGCUGGCCCUGUAGGCGCGGGGCUGACGAAGGCGUUGAUUAACGAGAAACGAUUCAGCAAGAUCAAGGUGUUCGAGAAGAGAGGCUCGUUCGGCGGGCUGUGGAACUACACCAAGCCGAUGUUCAAGGCUCAGAGAGUGACCUCGUGCCCGCAGAUCCCGUGCGAGACUCCGCACGCGAGAAACGAGCCGCACCUGCAUAGCGAGCACGGGCCUGUGUUCCAGACCGCAGUGUAUAAGUACCUGGACACCAACGUGCCCAAGUACCUUAUGGAAUACGAGCGGCAUCCGUUCGGGCCGUCGACACCGCUGUUCCCGCUACGGGAGCAGGUCCGGGAUUACAUUGCGGGCUACUCGAAGUGCAUUGAGUCGUACGUGAACUUCAACGCCGAGGUUGUCAACCUGACAUACGACGACGCAGUUAAGAAGUACACCCUGUCAGCGAAAAACGUGCUUGACGGCACAUCCAACGCGGAGCAGUUCGACGCGGUUGCCGUGGCCACAGGCUUCUACGACCUACCUUACGUGCCCAACAGGCCGGGCCUGAAGGAGUGGCACGAGAAGUUUCCGAACUCCGUGUCGCACGCCAAGGACUUCGACAGUCCUGAGGAUUUUCGCGAUGUCGAGGGUGAAAUCGUCAUCAUGGGUAACAGCGCGUCAGGUUCAGACUUGGCUUUUGAGCUGGCGACGUACCUGAAAAAGCCUAUUUACAAGUCCAAGCGGAGCGAGACUUCGCUUCCAGCGGGAUACGACCCCAACAUCAAGCCCGUGUCCGACAUCAAAAGCUUCGACGCCGCCUCCAAGACCCUGCACUUUGUCAAUGGCGAAAAGGUCGUCAACGUCGACAAGAUAAUAUUCUGUACCGGUUACCUCAAGUCCCUGCCCUUCCUGCCUAAGCCAGCCGCCAACCAAUCACGCGGUGACUCCGUGCUCAGCUCUCUGAUCACUGACGGCUCACGUCUGCACAACCUCUACAACCACAUUGUUCCCUACAACCUUCCAACAUUCGGCGUUAUCGGGCUGCCCAAGUACGUUCUGCCCACACGGCUGAGCGAAACGCAGGGUGCGUGGCUGGCCCGCGUGUGGAGCGGACGUAUCUCACUGCCCGAGCUCGACGUCAUGAAGCGCUACGAUGAAUGGUUCAAGGAAACCAACGGUGACGGCCGCAACUACCACGACCUUCAAUUCCCUCGCGACGUUCAGUAUUCCCAAAGACUGAACCGUGAAAUUCGCGAGGCUGGCAACGGUGGCUACUUCGGUGUCGAGUGGACCGGUGACCAGAUCAAACUCCGGAGCUCUAUCAAGUCUUUGAAGGAGGGCUAUAUCGCAUAUUUAAAAGACACUGGUAAGAGGGCAAUGGACAUCGAAGAACUACAAAGAGAAGGCUACUUCGAGUGGCCUGAGGACGCUGUCACGGCUGUGCAAGUUCCACAGUUCGUCCCAUGA